UUUGCGGACAUGUAGACCGCCAACUGGACAUUUACCUGUGGGAAUGAAUGAAAAAAAUUUGGAGCUUUCUGCGUUAACAAAUUAUAAAAUUUUUGUUUCACUCAGGCUCUGUGGACCUUAUUUGUCAAAUUCAAACGCUUUUUGCCCAAAAUUUCCAAAGAAAAGAACGGCAGGUUGGAUACUUCUUUUAGGAGACGCAACAACAAAUCGUCUUUGGGGACACGAAAGAAUUCCUUCUUUAAUUGAAGAACAAAAAAUUGCAAGACUGAGAAUUUUAACUCCUAAUGAACCUGGCAUUUAUCAAUUACUUUUACUUGUAAUUUCUGAUACAUAUUUGGGAAUUGACCAACAAUAUAUGCUCAAUUUUAAAGUUGUAUGA